GGACGUAUGACUUGAAUUUAGGAGAGACCAAAAAUAGGAGCCGAGGCAACAGUCGGCAAAAACACUAAAGCCUGCGUAUACUGUACGCUCAAAUCUUUCAUUAUAUAAGCUAGCUUUUAAUCCUCUGUAAAAACUAUACGAGUCUCAAUCAAAUACUAGAGUUUUUCUUUAUCACUAGCAUAAGAAACUUCAAUGUCGAUAUUUGGUGGCGCUACUGCUGCGAAUACAAAUCCUAACAAGUCUACUGAGGUUCAACAACCUCCUGCUGAUUCUGUAUCAAGCCUCUGCUUCAGUCCGAAGGCUAAUCUUCUGGUUGCUAGUUCAUGGGAUAACCAGGUACGAUGUUGGGAAGUAAUGGGAAGUGGAACCAACAUUGGAACUGUACCCAAGGCCGCUAUAUCACAUGAACAACCGGUUUUGUGCUCAGCUUGGAAGGAUGAUGGGACAACUGUCUUCUCUGGAGGUUGUGACAAGCAAGUGAAAAUGUGGCCGUUAUCUGGUAGUCAACCUGUAACAGUAGGCAUGCAUGACCUUCCCAUCAAGGACUUGGCUUGGAUCCCAGAGAUGAGUCUCUUGGUCACAGGAAGCUGGGAUAAGACUCUGAGGUAUUGGGAUUUGAGACAGCCAAAUCCCGCACAUGUCCAACAACUUCCUGACCGCUGCUAUGCACUUACAGUGAAACAUCCUCUGAUGGUUGCUGGCACAGCUGAUAGAAAUGUUAUAGUAUUCAAUUUGCAGAAUCCUCAGACUGAGUUCAAGAGAAUACUCUCACCCUUAAAGUAUCAAACUCGGUGUUUAGCUGCCUUCCCUGAUCAACAAGGGUUCCUGGUUGGCUCUAUUGAAGGACGGGUUGGUGUGCACCAUCUUGAUGAUUCGCAACAAAGUAAAAACUUCACAUUCAAAUGCCACAGGGAGGGCAACGAAAUUUACUCAGUCAACUCUCUGAAUUUCCAUCCUACACAUGGAACAUUUGCAACUGCCGGAUCUGAUGGUUCCUUCAACUUUUGGGACAAAGAUAGCAAACAGAGGCUUAAGGCAAUGUCAAGAUGCAGCCAGCCGAUACCUUGCAGCGCGUUCAACCAUGAUGGCUCAAUCUAUGCAUAUGCGGUUUGUUAUGAUUGGAGCAAGGGUGCAGAAAAUCAUAAUCCAUCAACUGCAAAAACAAACAUUUUCUUGCACUUCCCACAGGAGUCUGAGGUUAAAGGCAAGCCAAGAAUUGGAACUAGCGGUAGAAAGUGAAGUCAGCAGUAAAGCUUUUUCUCACCAGUUCGGAGAAAGUUCGUCUAGUUCUGUACAUGGAGACAUUUUGUGUUCCAUUUUUGGUUUUUUCUGUAUGCAGUCAUGCAAUUAAUUCGUAGGAGUUCGAGCUUUGAACAGAACAAAGGUUCAUAAAUAGUGGUUUGAGUCUGAUAUUCCUUAGAUAAUUAGAUAAUUGCCUAUUCUCCUUCUCUAUUUCACUAGCUUGUAAACAUGUUAGCCUAUGAAACUUUCUGGCAUUGAUUGAUUA